AUGUCUGCCUUUGUCGGCUCUGCUCUGCUGGUGGCCAAUUUACCCAAGAAGAUGACAAAAAAAGGGAAAUCAUAUUUGUCUCAAAGAGAACUCUAUGUGGUUCUGCUGAAUGGGCAAUGUAUAGAAGUUAAAUGUGACAUCAAGUCCAAAGCCCGAGAUGUAUUUAAUUUAGUUAAGACCUAUGCUAACCUAGUUGAACACUUCUACUUUGGCUUAGCUUCCCAGAAAGGUAAAGAGUUCUUUUUCUUGAAUGAUGAAACCAAGUUGUAUGAAGUUGCACCAGAAGGCUGGAAUGACAGAUCCAAGAAGAAAACCACCAUUGUUAACUUCACCCUCUUUUUGAGAAUAAAAUUCUUUGUCAACCACUUUCACCUUAUUCAGCACAGUCUUACAAGACAUCAAUUUUAUCUCCAGCUCCGGAAAGACAUUCUGGAGGAACGUAUAUACUGCAAUGAUGAGAUGUUGUUACAGCUUGGUGCAUUAGCUUUACAAGUGGAAUUUGGGAACUAUAGACAUGAGGUACAGGGAGAACAUUAUUUUUUGGCUGAAGACUAUAUACCAGCAAGUGUGAUUGAGAGAAUGACAGCUCCCUGUGUGGAAUUGGAGAUCUCAAAAAUGCACCGUUGCCAUGGUCCCUUAUCUGGAGAAGAAGUUGAACUGGAAUUCUUAAAGUACACCUUAUUUAUGGCUGUGUUAGAGUCCUUCACUCAGAGGCAAGUGAUCAGGAUAUCUAUUGGUUGGUUUAAUUGUGUGCUUACAAAUCAGCCAUUUCUGUCUUUUCAGCUGACCCAGAAGCUUUCAGAAUAUGGUGUGUUCUUCUAUCAAGUCUUCCAAGAGAAGAAAAUGCCAGAGGCAGAGCUGACCUUGGGGAUUUGUGCCAAAGGCAUAAUUGUAUAUGAAGUAAAAAACAAUAGUAGAAUUGCAAGUUUACGUUUCCAGUGGCGAGAAAUGGGAAAAAUUUCCACUCAGAGAAAGAAAUUCACCAUUGAAAGCGGCAUCAGUGGUAAGAAACACACUUUCAUUACUGACACUGCCAAGAAGUGUAAAUAUUUGCUGGACCUCUGCUCUGACCAGCACCGAUUUAAUGCACAGAUGAGCUCUGGGCAGCUUUCCCAAGUUUUAUCAGAAGAUAAUCAGCCCAUGCAAAUGUUCAAAUCAGAUUCUACAAAUGUGCCCCAACGAGAGUAUCUCCCUCUGAUUCAGAGACUAUCCUGUUCAGAAAAUAUGUUCCUUGGAUCUAACCUAGAAAAAACAUCUGGAAGGCUGUUGGGCAAAUCAUGUGAUAGCUUCAAUGUAGAAAAUGGCUAUAGGAUUGGAGACGAAAGCAACCAAGACAGUCCAUCAGAUGCCUGA